AUGUCAGUGGAAAAAGAUAUACCUGCUAUAUUUCUUAAUCAAAUCUCUUCAAGAGGUUUAGAAACAAUUCAAAAAACCAGAGAAUUUGUUGAAAAUUAUUGUUUACCAGCUGAUAAAAUUUAUCUUGAACAAAUAUCCUUAGAUCCAUCAAAAAGAUGGUCAACUAUACCUCCAAUUAUUGAAACUUUAAAAACUAAAGCUAAAGAAUUAGGUUUAUGGAAUUUAUUUUUAUCAAAACAUUACACUGAGGGCCCCCAAUUUACAAAUUUAGAAUAUGGUUUAAUGGCUAGAUAUUUAGGUAGAUCUUUAACUGCUCCUGAAGCAACUAAUACUGCCGCUCCUGAUACUGGUAAUAUGGAAUUAUUUGCUAAAUAUGGUAGUCCCUAUCAAAAAGAUAAAUAUUUAAAACCUUUAUUAAAUGGAGAAAUUAGAUCUGCUUUUUUAAUGACUGAAAAAGGUACUUCUUCUUCAAAUGCUUUAAAUAUUUGUACUACUGCUAAAAAAAACAAAGAUGGAAAUUAUGUUUUAAAUGGUGUCAAAUGGUUUGCUUCUGGUGCUGGUGAUCCAAGAUGUUCUGUUUGGUUAGUUAUGUGCAAAACAAGUGAUGAUGACUCAAAACCUUAUAAUAAUCAUACAGUUUUAAUUCUUGAUGCAAAAAAAGCUUUAGCUUCUGGUAAAGCUAGAUUGAUUAGACCAUUAGCUGUAAUUGGUUUCGAUGAUGCUCCUCAUGGUCAUUGUGAAAUUGAAUUUGAUAAUUAUGAAGCUGAUGAUAAAGAUAUUAUAAUGGCUGAUGUUGGUAGAGGUUUUGAAUUGAUUCAAUCAAGAUUAGGUCCAGGUAGAAUUCAUCAUUGUAUGAGAGCAAUUGGUGUCGGAGAGUUUGCUUUAUUAAGAAUUGCUCAUAGAGCAAAUUAUAGAUUAAUUUUUGGUAAACCAAUGAAUCAAAGAGAAAGUUUUCUUUAUAAAUUUGCUCAAAGUAGAAUUGAUAUUGAAAGAUGUUUAUUGUUAGUCUUAAAUGCUGCUCAUAAAAUUGAUAUUUCAAAUGCUAAACAAGCUCAAAAAGAAAUUGCCAUGGCUAAAAUUGAAACUCCGAGAACAAUUGGUCAAAUUUUAGAUUGGGGUAUUCAAGUAUUUGGUGCUGAAGGUGUUUCUCAAGAUACUGAAUUAGCAAGAAUGUACGCUCACAAUAGAACUUUAAGAAUUGCUGAUGGUCCUGAUGAAGCUCACUUAGCUCAAUUGGCAAAAAAAGAAGCAAAAAAGUUUAAGAAUGUUGAUGAAUUCUUUAAAAAGAUUGAAAUUAAUCGUAAUAAACUUUAA